AUGUCCAAAUACUACUCCCUAGUGGUGUUGAUGAUGCUGGUCCAUAGACCACCCUAUGUGGACGAGUGUGAAGAUACUACCACGUGCCCCUCUUAUGCCACGUGCACCAACACCUGGGGCAACUACUAUUGCACCUGCAAAAAGGGCUUCCUGUCCAGCAACGCAGAAGUGAACUUCAGGGAGCCAGGGGUGACGUGUACCGAUGUGGAUGAAUGUUCCGAGACACCUACACCGUGUGGUCCUCACUCAAACUGCAUAAACCUGCAUGGGGGAUACAAUUGCAGCUGCUUGCCUGGGUUCUCUUCCCCCAUUGGAAAUGCCUGGACCUCAAAACAGGCAGGAAGUUCCAUCUGUUCAGACGUGGAUGAGUGCCUCGACAGCGACACCUGCCCCGACAAUUCUGACUGCAUCAACUUCGUGGGAAGCUACAAAUGCAUCUGCCAGGCUGGCUUCAUUUCCAGGAACUCCACUUGUGAAGAUGUUGAUGAAUGCAUUAAUGUGUGUGGCUCCAACUCAACAUGCACUAACACUUCUGGGAGUUUUUUCUAUACCUGUCAGCCUGGCUUUGCACCGAACAAUGGAGAGAUGAACUUCACAGACCAAGGGGUAGAAUGUUUUUUUGCAGACAUUGAUGAGUGCUCCAAAGAUCCAUCACUGUGUGGCCCCCAUUCUAUCUGCACCAAUACCCUGGGAUCCUACAGCUGUAACUGCAUGGUGGGCUUUCACCACAACCCAGAAGACUCCUGGAAAGACAGCAACUUUAGCUGCACAAGAAUUCCCAUCAAGUGUAAAGAAGAUAUUAUAUCUAGUAACGACCAAGUCCAGCAAUGCCAAGGCAGGAAAGCAAUGGAGCCUGAAUAUAUGUCCUUCUGUGCACUAAUGAAUGCCACCUCCAACAUACUGGAUGCUGCCUGCGAAAGCAAAACCAGUGCUGCUACGCUGGAGAGAAAGAUGGAGAGCUUUGCUUUGGUGCUUGGACAAACAACCACGGGGUCCAACUUAACACAGGAAGAGCGGUCCACGCUGGGCAAAGUUGUGCUGGAGACUGUGGAGAGCGUCAUACUGGCCACCUUCCUGAGACCCUCAGAAAACAGCAGUCAGACUGUUCAGACUAAGUCCUUAGAAAUUGAGAGUAGAGUUGUCAAAGAAGAAUGCAUUGAAGAAGAGAAUGUCUUCUUUCACUUGAAAGCCAAAGGGGACGAAAUGAAAAUCAGAUGCUCCACAAUUGAGAAAUCAGAAUCCACAGGUAUUACCGGGGUGGCUUUUGUCUCCUUUGAGAGCAUGCAGUCUCUUUUAGAUGAGAGCUACUUCCAAGGUACUCAGGACUCCCUUGUCAAGAAGAAUUUCAGGAUGAAUUCUCGAGUCGUUGGCGGCGUUAUAACGGGAGAGAAGAAAGAUGUAACAGUUAUCUACACUCUGAAGAAUACCCAGCCAAAGAAGAAAUCGGAGUUGCCUAUGUGUGUUGCCUGGAGCACAGACGUAGAGGGCGGGAGGUGGACGAACUCUGGUUGUAAGGUCAUUGAAUCUUUGGAGAAUCAGACCUCCUGCAGAUGUCAUCGGAUGAUGAACCUGGCCAUCAUUGUAGCCCAUGAGGAGAUCACGGUGGGAUUUGCCUUGAACAUGAUUAGCUUCGUGGGCAUGGUCAUCUCCCUGGUGUGCCUAGCCCUGGCCAUCGCCACGUUCCUGCUGUGUCGUGCCGUCCUUCACCACACUACCUACGUUCACCUGCACCUCUGCGUGUCCCUGUUCCUGGCCAAGAUUCUCUUCCUCACUGGUGACAAGACCAACAGUCAGAUUGGCUGUGCUAUCAUCGCUGGCAUCUUGCACUACCUUUUCCUCGCCUGUUUCUUCUGGACGCUGGUGGAAGCCAUGAUCCUCUUCCUGAUGGUCAGGAACCUGAAGGUGGUGAAUUACUUCAGCUCUCAAAACAUCAAGAUGUUGUACCUCUGCGCCUUUGGCUACGGACUCCCUGGUCUGGUGGUGGUCAUUUCUGCCAGUGUCCAGCCACAGGGUUAUGGGACACAUGAUCACUGCUGGCUGGAUAGAAAGACAGGGUUCAUCUGGAGUUUCAUGGGGCCAAUUGGUGUAAUCAUUAUGAUCAACACCAUCCUUCUGACCUUGACGUUGUGGAUCCUCAGGCAGAAGCUCUCCAGUGUCAACACGGAAAUUUCCACGCUCAAAGACCACAGGUUACUGACGUUCAAGGCCUUUGCCCAGCUUUUUGUCUUAGGUUGCUCCUGGGUCUUGGGCUUUUUCCAGAUUGGAGGCAUAGCCAGUCUCAUGGCUUACGUCUUCACCAUCAUCAACAGCCUGCAGGGGGCCUUCAUCUUCCUCAUCCACUGCCUGCUCAGCCGUCAGGUUCGAGCAGAAUACAGGCGAUGGAUUAUCAGGAAAUCCAAGGCCAGUUCCCAGUCCCAGGUCUCAGGGGUCUUUUUGUCUUCCAUCCCCUCCACUUCCAAAACGCCUGUAAAUAAAGAUCCCGUGCUGGAGGUGAUCACCGACGUGGGGCUGAUCCUCUCUCUGCUGUGCCUCUUCCUGGCGAUCCUCACCUUCCUCCUGUGCCGGUCUGUCCAGAACACCAACACCCUCCACCUGAACCUCUCACUAUGCCUCUUCCUGGCCAACCUGCUCUUCCUCGUGGGGAUUGACCGAACCAAGCCCAAGGUGCUGUGCUCCAUCAUCGCAGGUGCAUUGCACUACCUCUACCUGGCCUCCUUCACCUGGAUGUUCUUAGAAGGGCUGCACCUCUUCCUCAGCGUCAGGAAUCUCAAGGUGGCCAAAUACACCAGCUCAGGCAGAUUCAACAAGAAGUCCAUGUACCUUGUUGGCUAUGGGAUCUCAGCUGUCAUUGUGGCUGUGUCUGCAGGACUCAAUCCCAGUGGAUAUGGCACACCUACACAUUGCUGGACUAGCCUACAAAAAGGAUUUAUCUGGAGCUUCAUUGGACCUGUUUGUGUUGUUGUCGUGAUAAACUUAAUCUUUUAUUUGACAACUCUGUGGAUUUUGAGAGACAGACUUUCUUCCCUCAAUAAAGAAGUAUCCAAGAUGAAAAACACAAGGAUGCUGACAUUUAAAGCCAUCGCUCAGCUCUUUCUUUUGGGCUUCUGGUCUCUGGGAUUCUUCCUUGCUGAGUCAGUAAAAGAAUCAUUCAGAUCAGUCAUUGCCUAUGCAUUCACCAUCACCAACGUCCUGCAGGGAGUCUACAUCUACGGCGUCCAUUGUCUCCUCAAUCGGCAGGUGCGAGAGGAGUACAAAAGAUGGCUUACAAGGAUGGGUAAAAGGAGUGAAUCUGGGAACCAUACACAGGCCAGUUCUGCCAUCCACACCUAG